GUUUGCAUUUUUUUUGGCAGCCUUGGGACCCAUUGGUGCAUUAAAUGGCAGCUGUGAAACCAAACUCUCUGUGAUCCCUAAAGUCUCUGGCCUGGAACGGAGCCAGGAGCGUAACUAUGAGGCCGACCGGGACUGCCUGCUAGUGCCUUUCCUGACUAAGGAACCCCCUUCUCAGGCAGCUACUGCCCCUAUUCUGGCUCAGGCCUUGCCUCCAAAUCCUCCUGCCCCACCUCCUGUCAAGACUCUGGCUCAGACACCUAACACUGUUCGUGGGAUGCCCCAGCCUAAAGGCCAGCUGCCUCCAAUGCCUCAGGGUGGAGCAGUUACCCACAGCCUUGCCCAGAGCCAACUGCACAUGAAGGUGCCACCCUCUACCAGCCAGACGCAGGCCUCAUACUCUGUAGGGCUUGACCUCAGCACUGGAGGGUGCAACCGCGGUGCAGCUCACCCCAAGCCCAUCCUCCCGCCCUGCUCCCCUUCCCAACUCCCUCACCGGCCCUCCACCCCCUUGCUGGCCCUGCCCCCCCACCUUUUUCCCUCUACCCAUCAGCCUACUUCCCACCACCACCCAGGCAUGUUCACCCCCUCACCUGGCCUCCCACCGCCACCCCCGUUGCUUCAAGUUGCUGGGCACCCAGCUGCAGUCGCUGCCAUAUCUGGUACCACUAACUUGACUUUAACAGUAAAAGGUAUGACGGGAGCACUCGCCAUUGGGUCAUCAACGCAGCAGCUGCGAUAUCACAGCUUUUAUUCAGAGGGUAGAUUGUCUGCAGCCAUUAUAAUGCCUACCUUGUUACUCCUGCAGAAGGAUGCAACCUUGAAGACUCCAGAGCAAUUGGAGCUUCGGCUGAAACAUUCAGGAAAGAGGAAACGGGGUGAGGGAAACAAUUCUGAGCCUGAAGAUGAAGACGAAGGCUCAGAAAAGGAUCGCAGCCAGUGCUGUGGAGGGGAGAGAGGACUAAGGAAACGAAGCAAGAGACGGCACAAAGAGCCUUCUCUCCAAUCUUACCUGGAAACUGGAUAUAUAUGUGAUACAGAAAGUGACCCAGAGGAGCAGGCCUCCAUUGAUGACCUCGAACAGUCAUUCACUGUCUCAACCAGCAAAGCCUUGGGACCCAUUGGUGCAUUAAAUGGCAGCUGUGAAACCAAACUCUCUGUGAUCCCUAAAGUCUCUGGCCUGGAACGGAGCCAGGAGCGUAACUAUGAGGCCGACCGGGACUGCCUGCUAGUGCCUUUCCUGACUAAGGAACCCCCUUCUCAGGCAGCUACUGCCCCUAUUCUGGCUCAGGCCUUGCCUCCAAAUCCUCCUGCCCCACCUCCUGUCAAGACUCUGGCUCAGACACCUAACACUGUUCGUGGGAUGCCCCAGCCUAAAGGCCAGCUGCCUCCAAUGCCUCAGGGUGGAGCAGUUACCCACAGCCUUGCCCAGAGCCAACUGCACAUGAAGGUGCCACCCUCUACCAGCCAGACGCAGGCCUCAUACUCUGUAGGGCUUGACCUCAGCACUGGAGGGUGAGUCCUGAUGCCCUCUGGCUACAGAGCUUUCUCUGGUUAUUGUUUCUUUUUUGCACUCUCUUUAUCUGUCUCUUUCAAGCUCUGCUUCUGUCCCCAUGUUAGUCUUCUGUCCUUUUACACUUUCAUGGUUUUUAUUUGCUUUAACUGCUGUUGCUUCUGUCCUCUUUGAGACAUAUCCCUCCCCUUCUUUAUGUCUUAUUAAUAACUUGAAAAUGUUGAAAGCUCUUUGUAUAUCCUUACAGCA